AAUCUUGGACUUGUUAAUACCACUUACUAACAGGCUCUGUGACACUGGGCCAGAAAAAGUGAGCCCUGUUUACUCAGCAGUAUUUGGAGGACAUGAAGAGUGUCUAGAGUUACUACUUCAGAAUGGCUACAGCCCAGACGCCCAGACGUGCCUUGUCUUUGGAUUCAGUUCUCCCAUGUGUAUGGCUUUCCAAAAGGACUGUGAGUUCUUUGGAAUUGUGAAUAUUCUUUUAAAAUAUGGGGCACAACUAAAUGAACUUCAUCUGGCAUACUGCCUGAAGUAUGAGAAGUUUUCAGUAUUUCGCUACUUUUUGAAGAAAGGUUGUCCAUUGGCAUCAUGGAACCAUAUAUCUGAAUUUAUAAAUCACGCAAUUAAAGCACAAACAAAAUAUAAGGAAUGGUUGCCACAUCUCCUGCUUGCUGGAUUUGACCCAUUGGCUCUACUCUGCAGUUCUUGGAUUAACUCAGUCAGCAUUGACACUCUUAUCUUCACUUUGGAGUUUAUGAAUUGGAAGAGACUUCCGCCAACUGUUGAAAAGAUGCUCUCUGCUCGUGCCUCAAACUCCUCUUGGAUUCUACGGCAACAUAUUGCCUCUGUUCCAUCUCUUACCCAUCUUUGUCGUUUGGAAAUUCGGUCCAGUCUGAAACCAGAACACCUACGAUCUGACAGUUUUAUUUGUCAGUUGCCACUUCCCAGAAGCCUGCAUAAUUAUUUGCUCUAUGCAGAUGUUCUGAGAAUGAAUGAGGUUCCAGAAGCAGCAGCUAAUCAAGAUAAAGAAAUCAGUGAAGCAACUUAACAUAGCUCAUUUCUUUCUCUGAAACUACCAAGACAGAAGAGCUGUGAAGUACAAAUUAUUCAUGAUUUUAUAGUUACAAAAGAUGAUUUUUGUUUGUGUGCUUGGUUAGGUUUUGGGGGACAGUAGUUUAAUGUGAAUGUUUACAACUGGGUUUCCCAGUAAAAAA